CGUAAUUCCGUACAUACAUGUGACGAACUGACAUGGAAGCCCCCACGCGCACAUCUAAACUGUGAAGUCACUGCCUGUCCCCUAAUAUUUUUCUUGUUUUUUUUUUGGUCUUUAGAUAUGAGGUAUUUGCUCCAACUGGGGCAUUCGUUUGCCCGCCUUCAUGUCCGUUUAUGUCACCACAGUGUUUACAGCAACCAUGCAAAUCCACGAAGACUGGGAGUGGACCUUGGGGAGAAGAAACUUGAGAUCUCCUCAGGGAGGUUUGCUAGAUUUGCUGAUGGAUCUGCUGUGGUACAGCUGGGAGAGACCUCUGUGAUGGUGACUGCUGUGAGCAAAACCAAACCUUCUCCAUCUCAGUUCAUGCCUCUUGUGGUUGACUACAGACAGAAAGCAGCUGCUGCUGGUCGAAUCCCCACUAAUUAUUUGCGGCGAGAGCUGGGCACCACCGACAAUGAGAUCCUCACCAGCAGACUCAUAGACAGGUCGAUUAGGCCACUGUUCCCUCCUGGUUACUUUUAUGAUACUCAGAUCCUUUGUAACCUGCUGGCAGUUGAUGGUGUCAAUGAUCCAGAUGUGCUGGCUAUUAAUGCAGCUUCUGCUGCUCUGGCCCUGUCUGACAUCCCCUGGCAUGGACCCAUAGGUGCUGUGCGUGUGGGCAUGGUAGAUGGCGAGUUGCUGAUCAACCCCACUAGGGCAGAGAUGGCUUCCAGCAGUCUUAACCUGAUUGUGGCUGGAGCCCCCAGCAGUCAAGUCAUGAUGAUUGAGGCGUCAGCUGAGAACGUGCUGCAGCAAGACUUUUGUCAUGCAGUAAAGGUGGGAGUCAAACACACCCAGCAGAUCAUACACGCCAUCCAGCAGCUGGCGCGAGAACAGAAGGUCACCAAGCGCACCCCGGUCAAGGUCUUCUCAGCCCCGACUGACAUGGUGGAACAUGUUCGCCAAUUAGCUUCCGAGAAGAUCUAUCUUGUUUUCACUGAUUCCACUCACGAUAAGAUUUCAAGAGAUGAAGCUAUCAACAAAGUUCGACUAGAAACCGAAGAGGACCUAAAAGAAAAAUUCCCUCAGGCUGAGCAGUUUGAAGUCAUUGAAUCCUUCAACACUGUGAGCAAAGAAAUCUUUCGCAAUUUAGUGCUUAAUGAGUACAAGAGGUGUGAUGGGAGGGAGUUGACUGCUUUAAGGAACAUUUCUUGUGAUGUUGACCUCUUCAAACCGCUGCAUGGCUCAGCUUUGUUCCAGAGAGGACAAACACAGGUGCUGAGCAGUGUCACAUUUGAUUCCCUGGAAUCCAGUAUCAAAGCAGAUAUUAUCACCACAGCUUUGAGUGGCAUUAAAGACAAAAACUUCAUGCUUCACUAUGAAUUCCCUCCAUAUGCAACCAAUGAGAUUGGAAAGAUGGGAGGCAUCAACAGGAGAGAGCUUGGACAUGGUGCCCUGGCUGAGAAAGCUCUGAGACCAGUCAUUCCUAAAGACUUCCCUUUCACUAUCAGGGUCACUGCUGAGGUGCUUGAGUCAAACGGAUCCUCCUCAAUGGCUUCAGCAUGUGGAGGCAGCCUUGCUCUAAUGGAUGCAGGGGUGCCGAUCUCUUCUGCUGUGGCAGGUGUAGCAAUUGGCCUCAUCUCCAAGGCUAACCCAGAGAAACCUGCUGAGAUCCAAGACUACAGAUUACUAACUGAUAUUCUGGGAAUAGAGGAUUACCUUGGAGACAUGGACUUCAAAUUGGCAGGAACAAACAAGGGCAUCACUGCUUUACAGGCUGACGUGAAGAUCCCAGGAUUGCCUCUGAAGGUGGUCAUGGAGGCUAUCCAACAGGCCACAGUGGCAAAGAAGGAAAUCUUGGGCAUCAUGAACAAAUGUAUAGCAAAACCCAGAGAGACUAGGAAGGAGAAUGGACCUGUUGUUGAAAAUGUCCGGGUGCCAGUUUCCAGACGAGCACGUUUCGUUGGUCCAGGGGGCUAUAACCUUCGCAGGCUACAAGCUCAAACAGGUGUGACAAUAAGUCAGGUGGACGAGGAAACUUUCUCUGUGUUCGCUCCAACGCCAGGAGCCAUGAACGAAGCCCAAGACUUCAUCAGUGACAUCUGCAAAGAUGAUCAAGAACAGCAGUUGGAGUUUGGUGCCAUCUACACUGCCACCAUCACUGAGAUAAGGGACAUUGGUGUGAUGGUGAAACUUUAUCCCAACAUGAGUGCUGUCCUGCUGCACAACUCACAACUGGACCACAAACGGAUCAAACAUCCAAGUGCUUUGGGUUUAGAAGUGGGACAGCAGAUACAGGUCAAGUACUUUGGACGGGACCCAACAGACGGCAGAAUGAGACUUUCACGGAAGGUGCUUCAAUCUCCUGCUGCAACUGUCGUCAAGACAUUAAGUGAGAAACAGAGCAUCUCCAUGGGUUCAAGCAACAGCCACACAACCAGCACCGAUUUGUGACACACCAACCCAACAGGCUAACUUCUGUUAGCCACCAAAGUGGAUUUAAAGAAGAUUUUGCUACACAAUAGUCCUUGUGAGAAAUCUACCAAGCCAAGAGCAUCAGAUAUUGUCACAAACUGAACCAGUGCUGUACAUAAAGAGGCUUACCCUGCUGUUGUGGGUAUGGAUGUGAUUAAACUGCACUGGAGUGAACUGCAGCUCUUCAAAUACAGUGUCCUGCUGUCAUUGUGCUUCAGUGGAUAUGCACAAACUGAGAAGAACCCUUAGAUUAUAAUAAGCAAAAAAUUCUAUAUGUUUUUAUUUUUAAAUAUCCCCUUUCAUGUUGUCUUGUUUUCAGAUUUGCCAACUCAAGUAGCAUUGACAGAAUCAAGCAGUAAGAGGGUUUCCCCCAACAGUCACCUAGCAGUUUUUACCUAACAGACACAAUCUAACAAUGGGUUUCUUAUUCAUGUGUGAUAUUACUGCCUCUUGCGGUAUGGGACUUCCAUAUUUGGUGUCUACUGUGGCAGUGUGUCCUCUAAGCUGCCAGGAUCAAGAUAUGGACAAAGAAAGCACAGUGGGAGAAGUGUACGAUUAUUUUUUUUUUUAAAUAUUCCCUUUAUGUUGUGUUGCAUUCACAGUAUAUGUGAGUAAUCUGUAAAUAAAACAGUCACUGGUUGCUUUGUAGUGUUAAAUUCAAAGAAAAAAAAGAAUAAUUAAAGACAUGAUAAAUUGUUCUCAAUUGUACCUGAUCUUGUGUUGCAACCUUUUAGCAACCAGUGACCAGGCAGUGGUCCACACUAUUUUUUUGAUUUGUUUGAAGACAUCUUCCACCCACCCUGGAGCAUGCCUAGUAGUAAAAAGGCUGUCUUUAUACACAGCUGCUGUAAUUCCUGUCUUGGUGGUUCAAAUGGGGACAUACACAAGGACCUUGUCACAAAUAGUAAGUCCCAUAAAGACAACAGCUUGAUAUGUGCAGGGUUCAGCCGCUGGGCUCCCAAGUAAUCUGAUGGUGAAGAGAGAGUUUUCUACACCCAAGAGAUGUACAGCCCUGUGGCUCAGGAAAUGGGAAAAUACCCAUGUAUGGAACUGCUGGAUCACACUCUGCCUGGAUCUGGUUGCCCCCAUGGUAAUUUAUCUGAUCUCUGGCAGAAUUAUAGCUCUCAACCCUAACCCCUAACCCUGUGGCAGAAAUAAGCAGCAAAUUAAGAUGUCAUCUCCAUUGGGUAAAAAUGUUGACAAUUUUAAUACAAUUAAUUGAACUCUGUCAGUGCAUACGCUCUUCCAUUUAACAUGUUGUGAACUGGAAACUGUUUUAUGAAUAAUACAAAGAACAGAAAGAGUCCUUUGCACUGUCCAAUACUGCUUGGAGCAUUAUCAUUUUUAUAAGAACUGUCCCCCUUUGGGUAGGGAAAGUACAGUACUUACUGCAGCAUGGAGUAUUUUUUUCUAGGCUGGAGGACAUUUGCUCAAUAUCUGUACUAAUAAACUGAGGUGGUAUUGAAAUCA